AUGGCCCAGAAGGAUGACUUAACCAACGGCCUCGGCUUCAUGUAUCGCCAAGCCGACCGCAUCAUGAGCCCGGAAACGCGCGACGAAGUAUACCAGAGAAGUAGCAGUUUUGCGCGUGAUCGACCAUUCUCUUUUUCGCUCCUCCUCAUCGGCCUCGCUGUGCUCCUCGCACCGGUUCUCGCAGCCGCGACCCUGGGCCUUUUCGCCGCAGCCUGCUUCUGGUCGCUCUUGGCCUGCCUUGCGAUCAUAUUCAUGAGCCCAACGCUACUCCUGAUAGCGACUAUUGCCGCGUCGAUAUGGCUGACCCGCACCGCCGUGCAAUGGUCCACUGGCCUGUUUGCAAAGGUGCCUGUUGGCUCGGGAAACGAAGGUAAUCAAGUGCUCAUGAAACCGGAAGCUGAGGCGAAUGGAAACGAAGCUCAUGCAAAAUUGGAGGUGAACUUGGUGAAAGUUGGGGAAACAAGGGACGCGUAG